AACCUACACAAAUUCGACCGUUGCAACCGAACUUUUAAACUUUCAAAAAUGACUACUCUGUUUCUUCUUCCCCCACCAAAAAAAAACUCAAAUCUUCUCCCCCGAAACUCCCUCACCUCUCUCUCUCUAGAAAUAGAAAUGGUGUCGAAGGUGGUGAAAAGAACCCCCACAAAAUCCCUCAGAAACCGGAAAAACCUCCCUUUCACCCAUCGCCGCAGCCGCAGCCGCACAAAGUCACCGAUCAAGAAUACAGCCGCCGCGGCCGUCGCCUCCAUCAACAAAUCCUUCCACACCUGCCACCGCCACCUCAUCAAGAUCUUCACGAAGCUCGCCCGCAUCGCCACCCCCAGAAAAACCCCACGCAAGAAGGGCUACAAAAUCCUCGAAAAAGCCCCAUCAAAUGCAUCCGAUAUCCGGCGAUCUCUCUUCACCGACAAAUACGCUCUCCCUCCGCCCCUAGACCCUAGAAAAAAUACCAUUUUCCUCGACCUCGACGAAACCCUAGUUCACUCCACCGCUACUGUGCCUCCGGAGAGGUACGAUUUCGUCGUCCGCCCCGUAAUCGACGGCGAGAAAUCCGAAUUCUACGUCUUGAAAAGGCCUUUCGUUGAUGAAUUCCUGGGCUAUUUGAGUGAGAAAUUCGAGAUUGUGAUUUUCACAGCUGGAGUUGAGGAGUAUGCGUCUCUGGUUCUCGAUAAGCUCGAUUGGAGGAAGGCCAUCUCGCAUCGAUUGUAUCGUAAUUCGUGUAGAGCUGUGGAUGGGAGAUUCGUGAAGGAUUUAGGGGAAAUUGGGAGGGAGCUGAGCAGGGUGGUGAUUAUCGAUGAUAAUCCCAAUUCGUAUCAAUUGCAGCCGGAA